AUGGCUCUUCUCCAAGAGAAAAGGGUUCAAGAAAAUGGUGGUGGACUCAACAAAGGUAGACAUCUAUUGGGACUUAUCCUCUGCCAAAUUCGGGUCAAGCCCCGAGCCCUUAGAGGGUUCUAUCUGGCCAUAGCAAUAAACCAAGAACUAUGCCUUCUUCUCGGAGAUUCACAGACUGAAGCCUACAAGAAGAUUGAUCCAUCACCAUUUGCACCAAAGGCCAGUUUUCUCGCUCGAAAAGAGCACAUUUUUGGGAAGAGAUUGUACAAUUCAAAGGCGCAGUUUUGUGGGAAGGGGCGUUUGCAUGAUAUAAGGAUUGAGUUUGAUCCAAAUGAGAGAUGUGGCAAGUGUUUGACUAUGCUUGUAGAUAGGAAGGUAGUGUUGCAGGUGACUCACCUUCAGUGGAAGUUUAGGGGCAACCAAACCAUCCUUGUGGAUGGAGUUUGUGUUGAGGUGUAUUGGGAUGUCCACGGCUGGCUCUUCGACAGCGCCAUCUUCUUGUUCCGAACACACGUGCCGGUCGCCAAGGCCGGGCCGUUGGGGGGACUUAGUCAUGGUUUUUCACUUGUGUUGUGUGCUUGGAAGAGUGAAUAG